AUGAUGUUUCAUUCAAUGGUCGUGGAGCGACUGCGAGUUAGUUGCCAAGCUCGCCGGAAAGACCAACAGCCAGCCGAUCAACUACCAGCUAUACUGAGUCAUCUAAAAGGUGGCACUUGUUGGAGCAUUUCACUUCCCGCUUUCACAAAGUUGCUGAAAACUCUUCGACAGCCCACAACCGGUUUUGCCCUUCUUGGGGCUCAUCAGUUCGUUCGGAGUUCGGUGACCCUGAUUGGGCGUGAAUCGGGUCACGGAGAUGUUAGCCCACUGCCAGAAAAAUUGGCCAAGUUCGAGGAUUGUACUGUUCCAAAUUCAAAGCGGUCUCUAUCGCAGUUUCUCGGACGAGCAGCAUACUACAGCCGGUUCGUUAAAGAAUUCAACACGAUCGCUGCGCCACUGUGCGACUUGCUUGGGAAAAAUCGGAAAUUUGAAUGGACCGGGGAAGCGCAUGAGGCUUUCGAGAGUGUCAAAGCGCGGAUGUCGGAACAGCAACUGACUCUCAAAAUGCCCAGGGUCGGAGAGAUGUUCAUUGUUGCAACAGACUCUAGUGAUCGCUGUAUCGGCGCAGUCCUAAAGCAGAGGAAUGGAGUUAUUGAAUAUGCCAGUCGUGUCCUGACUAAUGCUGGACAGAAGUACUAG